UUUUUUUCUGCCAGUCAUGAACCAGCAUCGGCAGGGGCAAGCCUUUGCUGAUUAAUUCUUAAGCGAUUCCAGCUGGCAAAACAUUACCAACCGCCUGCUAAAAAGAAUUUAAUUUGUUCCGAAGUGUUUUUCUUUACGCGCUAACCCAUAAACGCGCCUUUCAAUUAGAUUGGACGCGUUUCUACAUAAAAAUCCACUGCAGCUCCAAAGUCUUUUCCUUCCAAACAUUUCCCAUUUCAACAUCAACCACAACAGGCCAUAACAUCAUACUACAUACAUCAGAUCUGCAUGCUCCUGCAUACAGAUUGUUGUGGCUCUGAAUUAAUCAUUGUCAUUAUCCAGAUUUAAGCUUUUAUACCUUCUUCUCCUUUCUUAAUUCUUCAUUUUCCACCCCACCGCCAUUCCUUUCCUGGGUCUUCCUAACCCCAACGUUCAUCUUCACAUUUUACAUCCACAUAUCACCUUCACAAUGUAUGUCAAGAAGCGUGAUGGACGCCAGGAGCGUGUCCAGUUCGAUAAGAUCACAGCUCGUGUUUCGAGAUUGUGUUAUGGUCUAGAUACCGACCAUGUCGAUCCCGUUGCCAUUACCCAGAAGGUUAUAUCUGGUGUCUAUGGUGGUGUUACUACAGUCCAACUUGACGAUCUCGCAGCUGAGACAGCCGCAUACAUGACCGUCACCCACCCGGACUAUGCUAUCCUCGCCGCACGUAUUGCCGUGUCAAACCUCCACAAGCAAACGAAGAAGCAAUGGUCUUCUGUCAUCAGCGAUCUCUACCACUAUGUUAACCCCAAGAACAUGAAACCAUCUCCUAUGAUCUCCAAGGAGACAUACGAAUGUGUUAUGAGACAUAAGGAAGAUUUUGACUCGGCAAUUGUCUACGACCGAGACUUCAACUAUCAAUACUUUGGCUUCAAGACCUUGGAGAGGUCCUACCUACUGAAGCUCAAUGAGAAGAUCGUUGAGAGACCGCAGCACAUGAUCAUGCGUGUGGCUGUUGGUAUUUGGGGCGAUAAUGUAGAGAAAGUUAUUCAAACCUACAACCUCAUGUCCAACAAAUAUUUCACCCACGCUUCACCUACCCUUUUCAAUGCCGGAACACCCCAGGCACAACUAGCAUCCUGUUUCCUGGUCGACAUAAAGGACGACAGCAUUGAGGGUAUCUAUGAUACACUCAAGACUUGUGCUAUGAUCUCCAAGACAGCUGGUGGUAUUGGUCUCAACAUUCACCGCAUCCGUGCUACUGGCUCCUACAUUGCCGGUACAAACGGUACCUCUAAUGGUAUCGUGCCCAUGUUACGAGUUUUCAACAACACUGCCAGAUACGUGGAUCAGGGUGGCAACAAGAGGCCUGGUGCCUUCGCCAUCUACCUCGAGCCCUGGCACCAGGAUGUCUUCGAGUUCCUUGACCUUCGCAAGAAUCACGGCAAAGAGGAAGUCCGUGCUCGUGAUCUUUUCCUUGCUCUAUGGAUUCCCGACCUUUUCAUGAAGCGAGUUGAGAAGAACGGUGAAUGGACCCUGAUGUGCCCUAGUGAGUGCCCAGGUCUUGCCGAUGUCUACGGCGAUGAAUUUGAAGCUUUAUACGAGAAGUACGAAGCAGAAGGUCGUGGUCGCCAGAAGGUUAAGGCCCAGAAGUUGUGGUACGCCAUUCUGGAGGCUCAGACUGAGACCGGAAACCCCUUUAUGCUUUACAAGGAUCACUGCAACCGCAAAAGCAACCAGAAGAAUCUUGGAACUAUCCGAAGCUCCAACUUGUGCACUGAGAUCAUUGAGUACUCGGCUCCUGACGAGGUGGCUGUCUGUAACUUGGCGUCUCUUUCGCUGUCCUCGUUCGUCGACUAUAACGAGGGUACCUAUGACUUCCAGAAGCUGCACGAGGUUGCCCAGGUCGUCACCCACAACCUGAACAGGAUCAUUGAUGCUAACUAUUAUCCCGUCCCCGAGGCACGCAACAGCAACAUGCGCCACCGUCCCAUCGGUCUGGGUGUACAGGGUCUUGCAGACACCUUCCUGGCACUUCGUAUGCCAUUUGAGUCCCCCGAGGCCAGACAGUUGAACAAGCAGAUCUUUGAGACUAUCUACCAUGCUGCUCUGACCGCAUCCGUGGAGAUCGCCAAGGUUGAGGGUACCUACUCCACUUACGAAGGUUCUCCUGUUUCUCAGGGUAUUCUCCAGUACGACAUGUGGAAUGUGACCCCGAGUGAUCUCUGGGAUUGGGCUAGCCUCAAGGAGCAGAUUAAGCAACACGGUGUACGGAACAGCUUGUUGGUUGCCCCUAUGCCCACUGCCAGCACUUCCCAAAUUUUGGGUAACAACGAAUGCUUCGAGCCUUAUACCUCAAACAUCUAUUCUCGCCGUGUCCUCGCUGGCGAGUUCCAAGUCGUUAAUCCUUGGCUGCUAAAGGACCUUGUUGACAUGGGUCUCUGGUCUGAUAGCAUGAAGAACCGCAUCAUUGCCGAGGGUGGCUCAAUUCAGAAUAUUCCCAACAUUCCCGCGGAACUUAAAGCCCUUUACAAGACCGUUUGGGAAAUCUCUCAGCGAACCAUUGUUCAGAUGGCCGCUGACCGUGGUGCCUUUGUUGACCAGUCUCAAUCGCUAAACAUUCACAUGAGAGAACCCACCAUGGGUAAGAUUACCAGCAUGCAUUUCACUGGUUGGAAGCUUGGUCUGAAGACUGGCAUGUACUAUCUCCGCACUCAAGCGGCUGCCGCGCCCAUCCAGUUCACCGUCGAUCAGGAAGCCCUCAAGGUUGAAGACUCCAAUGCCGCCAGGUCAGGCACGCUGAAGAAACGUGCUCCUCCGGGUAAUUAUGUGUCUUCCCCAUCAGCAGGUCUUUCUACACCCCUAUAUGCCAAGCGGGAUGACUCGAACAACAGUCUAGCAGCGCCAAUUACUAAUGGGAUGCCGUCGCCCAGCAUAACUCCUCCUCCAGCCACGGAGGUUAAGGUAGCUCGACCUGUUGCAUCCCCCAACAAGGCUAUACCUUUCAAGGCAGACAUCGAAGAGGGUGAUAGUCCCAAGGCUCUGGCCACCGAGCCAUCAGAGAAGAUCAAGGAGGAGGAGCUCCCUGAGCCGGCCAUUAAUGGCCAGAAGCCGAACCAAGACGAAGACAAGGAGGACACGAGCAAAGAGCGCGAGUACGACAUCUACGCUGAUGCCGUCUUAGCUUGCAGUAUCGAGAACCCCGAGGCCUGCGUCAUGUGCAGCGGUUAAGGGAUUUCAUGAGGACAUGGGAAUGAUGAUGCUAUGCAGUUGACGACGGAAUAAUGGAAACUGGGGGUUGUUAAUGGCAUGAGUCUCCCUGGGACGGACCACACGGAGAAACGUACUAAAUGAGACGGAUGCAUCGAUGCAGUUGCAUCACAACUAGGGUUCAUAGGGCAUUCAUUUGGCUCUGCGCAUAGGCUUUGUAUAACUAUUUUCAAUAGUUUUCCCGAGGAGUCAUAUUUGGCGUUGGUUUUUGACACGCCCAUUGUGUAUUUAAUUGUAGCUCCUGGCUUUUUGUGCUGCUAUGCCUCCAGGAAUAAACAAAUGAAGUUAUUAUGAUAAG